UAUAAACUUAUUAAAUUGAUAGAUAAAUGGCCGCAAUCAGGAAGAAACUUGUGAUUGUAGGAGAUGGAGCUUGCGGGAAAACUUGUCUUCUUAUAGUCUUCAGUAAAGAUCAGUUUCCUCAAGUAUACGUUCCAACAGUCUUCGAAAACUAUGUAGCUGAUAUCGAAGUUGAUGGAAAGCAGGUCGAGCUCGCCUUAUGGGAUACUGCUGGGCAAGAAGACUACGACAGAUUGAGACCACUAUCCUAUCCAGAUACUGAUGUUAUUCUUAUGUGCUUCUCAAUUGACAGUCCCGAUAGCUUGGAAAAUAUACCAGAAAAAUGGACACCCGAAGUCAAGCAUUUUUGUCCCAACGUUCCGAUUAUCUUAGUUGGAAACAAAAAAGAUCUUCGGACAUGUGAAAAUACCAAACGAGAGCUGGCCAAGCUGAAACAGGAGCCAGUAAAAAUGGAAGAAGGUCGUCAGAUGGCGGACAAGAUCAAUGCCUCAGCUUUCCUCGAGUGCUCAGCUAAGAGUAAGGAUGGAGUGAGAGAAGUGUUUGAAACUGCAACACGUGCAGCUCUGCAGACUAAAAAGAGGAAGAAGAGGAGGAAUUGUUUGGUGUUGUAGAUAGACAAAGAAAAUGAACACUAACCGUCGCAUAACUCGAUCGUAAACCAAACCGGACGAAAUACAGAGGGAGCAGCAUUUACAGUACAUUGUUUGAAGAAGAGAACAAAUCAUGGGACUCUUGUUAUGAUCUCUGAUUCAAACUAGUGCACAAUUGAUUUACUAGAACUAAUUGAUCAGUCUGUUCUUCCCAUUUUAGAUUUCAAUUAAAAAGCUCUUUCAGCUCAAUGAAAUCAAAUCAUUCACCGUGAAUCGCGAUAAUUAUGGCGCGCUGAAAGGUUGCUUUUAUCAUUAGUAUGAGUCUUGUGUAGUUUUGCGAGUUAAUUCAUUGAAUUUUCUAAUAUAAUCAUUCAAUCAGAAAUGUCUCUUGAUUUUUAGCAGAUUGACCUUUCCAGUAUCUGAUACAAUCUUGAAGCAACAAGGAAUGAUUUUGAAUUCGAAGUUGUUUGUUUUUGGUAGAUACUGGGAAUGUCCAUUUAUAAAAAGCUUCUCUUGUGACUUAUCUUUUUCAUAUUAAACAUCUUUCGCUCAAAAUUUCAAUUUAUUUAUGUAAAGUUCAAUUUUUCACAGUUUUACACAGACGAAAUCAACUGACAUCUUCUAUCAGCGCUCCAUUGCUAGUCAAUUAAUAGUGAUUAUGUGAAUUGAAUUUGAAAAUCUCA